AUGCCGCGCGCUCACCUCGCAGUAACCAUGCCGCUGCUAGCUCCAGCAGCUAAAACCCUGUUCCCCUCCCGGCUCCCGCCUUCGCCUCGCCUCCACCUCCGCCGCGCCAUCGCCACCGCUGCCGGCGGGAGGGGCGACGGUGCGGCGGCAGUGUCGGCGGCGUCCGGCACGUCGGCCAGGGACCGGCGGCUGGCCAGGGUGCGGGAGGAGCGGCGCCGCCGCGAGUACGACCGCGAGCACACCUACCCCGGCUGGGCCAGGGUCCUGGAGAACGCCUGCAGGGACGACGAGGAGAUGCGCGCCAUCCUCGGCGACAGUAUCGGGAACCCGGAGCUCAUGAAGCAGAGGAUACAAGAGAGGGUGCGUGCCAAAGGCAGGGAGGGGUUCAACAGACCCAAGACGGGCUCCGUCGCUGCGUUCAAAGUCAGCUUCCGAGACUUCAACCCGUUAAAUGCUUUCAUCUGGUUUGAACUCUUUGGAGAACCAACUGAUCGAGAUGUUGACCUUCUUGGCGGUGUUAUUCAGGCUUGGUAUGUCAUGGGAAGGCUAGGAGCUUUCAACUCUUCAAAUUUGCAGCUGGCCAACUCAAUGCUGGACUUUGACCCUUCGUACGAUUCUGAGGAAGCUUCUGCUGUAAUGCCUUCAUCUUUCCACGAUAUCAGUGAUGUCGAGUUUCAAGACAGUUGGGGCAGAGUGUGGGUGGACCUUGGGACUUCAGAUCAUCUUGGAUUGGAUGUACUACUGAACUGUCUUACACAAUUAAGCUCAGAACAUUUGGGCAUCAAACAGGUUGUUUUUGGUGGCAGAAAAUUGGGCGACUGGGAGGAAGGCAUGACGAGCUCCGACUAUGGAUACAAGCACUUCAAAAUAUAG